UACGAAAACCGGACUUGGCUCUCGACGACAAGGCAGCCGUGAGAGUGUACUCGGAUGUAGCGUUGCGAUGUUUCAAGCAUGCAUUACUGAGAAUGGACAAUGGGAAGCAGAAGCGUUGCACGGCAGCGAGUGCAGAGGUCAAGUGGGAACAAGGUAGGAUGAGUUGGAAUUCGUUAUUGGGCUUUUCGCUCCACGGUGCCAGGAAUAGACCCUUCGGAGAAAAUCGCACGCAGCAGGCUUCGGGAGGAGGCGCAGACUACGACAACGGACUUUUCGAGGCUUACUGCUCAGUGCCGUCCGCUCCGUGGAGUCGCACGCCAGCUGGCCUUGUGCACAGAGGAAUUAUGCUGGUCGGAUACUGGAGAAGCCGCUGCGACCGCACGUCCGCAGUUCGUCUCAGGCCUACAUCUGUCAGUGCCAGUGCCAGAAGUGCCAGACACGUCACGUCUCGUCGAGGCAGCCAAGUUACCCCGGGAUCAGCUUGCAGACGUCGAGUAGGCGACGGUCGCUUUUAUUUAUCUGGCGCUGCUGGUCAGCGUCCGAGUCGUGGCGACAGCGACCAGAGCACGCGAUAUCCACUCUCCAAUCUGCCUAAUUCACAUCCUGGCAUCGACCCUGGUCACAGCGUGCCCCUGCCGUGCGGCUCGAGCGGUCGUCUCGCUGCGCUCAGAGCCAGUCGCUUCCCGCGCGCACGCCCUCUGCACCGUCCUCGUCCAGCGACGUCACCCAGCGCGCCCGGCGCGUACUGCUGUGGAGAGGAGAUUGAACAUUCAAUGGCUCGCUGUGAAGCCCUCCCGUUUGUUAUUGAUUGCCGCGCAUUCGGGCUAGCGCUGGCGUCUACGCGCAAGAACGGUGGGGCGUGAUUUCCGAUUGGGCGCGGGGCCUAACCUUGGAAGGAGCGAACUCAUUUAUCACCGGCGGCCCGAGCGCUUGCCUGUCCUGUUCCUGGCGGUCAGCAAAAACAGCCUCGUCCCCCUUCUUCCUCGUCCUUGCUGCUCCUCCAACAACAUUCGGCCCUCUCCUCACCCUCCUUGCCGCGGUAUCGCUUCACUCUUUCAGCGAUACUUGCAUCCGUUCAUUCGGCCAGCUGCGACAUUCCCUAUUGCCUUCCGGCCCCAAAUAAGCUAACACUUUCCUUAAUUGC